AUGGAAAGCUGUGAUCGAGCGAGCCAUUGGCGUGACGUCAUUGUUGAUGCGGAACGGGAACUGACGAUCACACUUGAUGUGUUUGUAAAACUAAGAGCAUCAUACUUAGAGAUUUUGGAAGAUAUACAUCACACCCCAAUGGAGCUGCUGCUUGUGUGUACUUUGAUUUUAUCAUGUUUGAUAAUUCAAAGUCAUUCCAGUACACCUAUCAUUGCUACUCUACCUCCUGAAGUUGCCGGAGUGGAGAAAGUUUAUUCUAAACCUGGUACCAUGGGUUUUCGUAUUCUACAUCGUGAAUCAGACAGCGCCCUCAUCGGAGGAAGAGAAAUGCUUCUCACAUUAAAUCAUAAUGAUCCAAACAGUCUUCAUAAAAGUGUUGAAGAAUUCAAAACUUGUGACAAUGGCGAUGCAUUUAUUCAGUGUCGAACUCGUACAACAUUUAAAAAGGAUAGAGACUGUUUUAACUUCAUAAGGAUAGCAGAGGUAAUCUCCAACAACAAGCUACUGGUGUGUGGAACUAACGCCCUCAAUCCAAGAUGUUAUAACUGUAAUCUCACAAGAAACAGUGCUGGUAUGCAAGAAGUGAGUUGUCCCGGUCCCAGAGGUGACGGGACAUGUCAAUUCAGUAGAUCACAACCCCUUGGGACAGUGGAUGGUACCAAUAUUGCACCAAAACACUGGGAACUUAAUGCUACUUCACAGUACUCAGAUGGUCAGUUAUUCCUAGGAGUUUCCCAAAGUCAUGGUAAAUCAGAGACUACCAUCUCUCGGGUUGAUGUGUAUCCAGAUAGUGGAUUCACCAACCGACUUGAUACUACAUCUUACUUCUCAAGAUCAGUCAAUGAGGCCGAUUUUGUUGGUAAGCCAUUGGUAAUUGGUGAUCGAGUAUACUACUUCUACCGAGAGCUGGCUGUUGAACAUGUUAAUCAAGGCAAACUAGUAUACAGCAGGGUGGCAAGAGUGUGUAAGGGAGAUAAUGGAAUCGACAACUUUUGGUCCAGUUUUCAGAAAGCAAGAUUAAGCUGUUCGAUUCCAGGGGAAUUUCCUUUAUAUUUCAAUGAUUUACAGGAUAUUUUUGUUGAGGAAAGGGGAUCAGAUCACUACAUUCAUGCAGCAUUUGCUGGUGUGCCUAAUGGCCCACAGAGCUCAGCAGUAUGUGUGUUUCUCCUGUCAGAAAUAAAUGAAAUCUUUGAUACAAGUAAUUUCAAAGGACCAGCCUCUUCAGAUAGUAUCUGGCUUUCUAGACCAAGCAGAGAAAUUCCUGUUCCAAGACCAGGUCUAGAUUGCAAUAAUCCAACUCAAGACAUUAGAUACAUCAGACAAUAUCCAUUGAUGCAGGAUGAUGCUUCUAGUAUUCCUUUAUUCAUAGUUGAUUACGCUCGGUUUACUUCCAUCGUUAUGGAUUCACUACCUGCUGGAAACAUAUACUAUAUUGGAACAGAAUCUGGCUCUGUACUGAAAGCGUAUUAUAAUGGCACUGAAUUCAAAGUUUAUGAAGUAACUGUGACGGAUAACAAGCAACCUGUGGUGGGUCUACAGCUGGCUGGUGAAAGCACAAACCGUCACAUCAUAGUUGUAUCUGAUAAUGCUGUAUACAGGGUACCAUUACAUAACUGUGCUACUAGCUGUGAAAGGAGAUGUUCUGAAUUGAUGUAUGGAUACUGUCAAUGGGAAGGGGGCUGCUGUAAAAGCUAUGGUGAAACGACAUGUAGCGAGAACCCGGUUGAUGUUUAUGUAACCAUAGAGCCAAGUCAGUCAAUGACAGUAUGUGAGAAUGAGAUAAUCCAGCUCGUCUGCCACGCCCAAACUGCACCAUUCUGUCAACCAAUUACUCUCGACUGGACCAUGGCCGGGGGUCAACCCAUCGAUGACAUGGGUCAUCUUAUUAGUUUAGAUCAGCUUUAUGACUACCCACUCCACAAGCUGAGUGCUCUGACCGUCCAGUCGGCUAUCACUGGGAAUACAACGACCAUGGAAUGCACAGCUCGGACCACUAUUGGUGGACAGGCUUAUAGCGUCACAAAGGCAACCACUAUUAACAUUCAGAAUUGCAUCACCCAAGGAUCACUAGAGAGAAGAUACAACCUUCAUCAACAACUGAAACAAGAGAAUACUAUGAGCAAGAGUUGUGAUGCUGAGAUAUUUGACUGUGCUAACUGUGCCAGCUUCCCAUGAAUUGCCAUAGCAGUAUGAG